AUGCCGCAGCUCAAGACGGCCGCUGCCUCUGCGGUCGACGACUCGACGAUCAACUCCGGACGGGCGUACGCGCGCUCGAAACCCCUCACGGAGACCUACGGGUGCACGAAGCUUGUGGACGCGACGUACGAGGGGUCGACGGUGCAGUUCUGCGACCUCGCCGUCGGAACCGGGCUGGAAGGCGAGUCUGGGGGGGGUGUCAAGGUGACGACGGUGGCGCGGGGGAUCGAGAACGAGCGCACGUACGACAGCAAGAAGGGCUACACGUACCCGAUCGACAGCGAGGACGGCGACAUCAACCUGCGCGCGGCCAAGGGCCUGGACGUCGCGAUCCUGGGCUGCGAGGGAAUGCCGCCCAUGAAAGAGGGGGGGCGGCGGGUGGUGCGCGUGCCGGCGGAGGUCGCGCACGGGGGCAACGGCAUCGCGUGCCUGCUGGGGAGGAAGGAGAAGUGCCUGGUGCCGCCUGACUCAGGGAUCGAGGUUUACGUGGAGAUGAUCAGUGUGGCCUACUGA